AUGGCUCUAAAAGGCAGGGUCUUUGCCAUCACCGGCGGUGCAAGCGGCAUUGGCCUGGCCACUGCGCAGGUUCUGUCAAGACGAGGAGCAACGGUUUGCAUUGCCGACGUAGAUCCAGAAGCAAUGAAGGCUGCUGAAGUAUAUUUCACUUCGCUGCAAGUUCCUCACAUGGUCACAAGAGUGGACGUUUCCAAGAGAAGAGAGGUCGAUGCCUGGAUCGAGUCCAUUGUCAAGGCCCACGGCCGGCUGGACGGUGCUGCCAACGUAGCAGGAGUUAUCGGGAAAUACCACGGCGUCUCGCCAGUUUCAGAGCUCGACGAUGACGAGUGGGAUAGAAUCAUCGGCGUCAACCUUACCGGAACCAUGUACUGUAUGAGAGCCGAACUGAGGAAUAUGAACGACCGCGGUUCCAUCGUCAAUGUUUCUUCUAUCCACGGAUUAAAGGGAUUUGCCAGGCAUGGCGCUUACGACGCAAGCAAGCACGGCAUUGUUGGUCUCACGCGAGCCGCUGCCCUUGAGAAUGGAGAGCGAGAAAUCCGCGUCAACAGCGUUGCUCCCGGCGCCAUUUACACGCCAUUGAUGCAGAAGAACUGGGACUUUUCGGGCCGGCCAAAAGACGCUGCCUUUGACGAUCCCACGGCCUUUCAGCGACAAGGCACAGCGGAGGAGACGGCGAAUGUGAUUGCUUUCCUGCUGGGCCCAGAGAGCACGUUUGUGAGCGGGAGCGUAUACAAGGUGGAUGGAGCCUGGAUUUAA